CCCGCGCCCGCCGAGGCCCCAAGAGGCCCCGGCCCGGCGGCGGCGGCGGCAGCCAUGGCCGGGGGGCCGGGCCCCGGGGAGCCUGUGGUUCCCGGCGCCCAGCACUUCUUGUACGAGGUGCCACCCUGGGUUAUGUGCCGCUUCUACAAAGUGAUGGACGCCCUGGAGCCCGCCGACUGGUGCCAGUUCGCGGCCUUGAUUGUGCGCGACCAGACAGAGCUGCGGCUGUGCGAGCGCGCCGAGCAGCGUACAGCUAGCGUCCUGUGGCCCUGGAUCAACCGCAACGCGCGCGUGGCUGACCUCGUUCACAUCCUCACGCACCUGCAGCUGCUGCGUGCGCGGGACAUCAUCACAGCCUGGCACCCUCCUGCCCCUGUUCUACCCCCAAGCACCGCUGCUCCAAGGCCCAGCAGCAUCUCUGCAGGCUCCGAGGCUGAGGACUGGGGCCUCCAGAAACUGCAGUCCUCUUCCUCCACUUUCCUCUCCCCAGCUUUUCCAGGCUCCCAGACCUAUUCUGAGCUAGAGUUCCUCCCGGUUCCAGUCCCUGCUUCCUUCAAGCCACCACUGCCAUCUUCAGCCCCUUCCUCUACCAAGCCAAGCUCAGAGAGCCCAGUGUCUGGCCUCCAAAGGACACAUCCCUCCCCAUUUUGCUGGCCCUUCUGUGAGAUUUCUCAAGGCACCUGCAACUUCUCUGAAGAGCUCAGGAUUGGAGAGGGUGGUUUUGGGUGCGUGUACCGGGCAGUAAUGAGAAAUACCACAUAUGCUGUGAAGAGACUGAAGGAGUUCAAGGACUCCAAGCCUUCCAUUGUUAUGGGCCUGGAAACAGCUGGCAAGCUUGGCUCAUGCUGCCUACUUUCCCUGCCUCUUACCCCAUCGUGUCUGGGGCUGCAGGAGGCUGACCUAGAGUGGACUGUGGUGAAACAGAGCUUCCUAACAGAGGUGGAGCAGCUGUCAAGGUUUCGUCACCCAAAUAUCGUAGACUUUGCUGGCUACUGUGCAGAAAGUGGCUUCUACUGCCUUGUUUAUGGCUUCCUGCCCAAUGGCUCCUUGGAGGAUCAACUCCACCUUCAGACCCAGGCCUGCUCCCCGCUCUCCUGGCCUCAACGACUGGACAUUCUUCUGGGCACAGCCCGGGCUAUUCAGUUUUUACAUCAGGACAGCCCCAGCCUCAUCCAUGGAGACAUCAAGAGUUCUAAUGUGCUUCUGGAUGAAAGACUGAUGCCCAAGCUGGGAGACUUUGGCCUGGCUCGUUUCAGCCGCUUUGCAGGGGCCAAGCCAAGCCAGAGCAGUACUGUAGCCCGGACUUGCACAGUACGGGGUACCCUCGCCUACCUGCCUGAGGAGUACAUCAAGACAGGCCGGCUGGCUGUGGACACAGAUACCUUCAGCUUUGGGGUGGUAAUACUGGAGACCCUUGCUGGCCAGAGGGCUGUGAGGACACAAGGUACCAGGACCAAGUAUCUGAAAGACCUGAUUGAAGAUGAGGCUGAAGAGGUUGGAGUGGCCCUGAAAAGCACCCACCCCACUCUACAGGUGGGUGUGGCCACAGAUGCUUGGGCUGCUCCAAUCGCUGCCCAGAUCUACAAGAAGCACCUGGACUCCAGACCUGGACCCUGCCCACCACAAUUGGGCCUGGCCCUGGCUCAACUAGCUUGUUGCUGCAUGCACCGUCGGGCCAAGAAGAGGCCCCCCAUGACCCAGGUGUACAAGAGGCUAGAGGGGCUACAGGCAGGGCCUCCUUGGGAGCUAGAGGUUGCUGGCCAUGGCCCCCCUUCCCCACAGGAGAACUCCUACAUGUCCACCACUGGCUGUGUCCAGAGUGGGGGUGAACCAUGGCAGCCUCUGGUCGUGCCCACAAGAGCCCCAGACCAAACUGCCCAGCAACUCCAGAAAAGCCCCAACCAGCCAGUGGAGAGUGAUGAUAGUGUUCCCGGCCUCUCUGCUGCCCUGCACUCUUGGCACUUGACUCCAGAUUGCCACCCAAGCCCAUCAUCCUUCGGGGAGGCUGGCUGUACCCAGGGGAGCACCACUAGAGAAUCAAGUUUGAGGAGUGGCCCAGGCUUCUGGCCCACAACCAUGGAAGGCACAUCCAUGAGCAGCUCCUCCUCACUGUCAUCAGAGCCACCACAGAUCAUCAUCAACCCAGCCCGACAGAAGAUGGUACAGAAGCUGGCCCUGUAUGAGGAAGGAGUCUUGGAUAGCCUGCAGCUGCUGUCAUCAGGCUCUUUCCCAGCACAUUCCUUCCAUCUGAGAGUACCAGUCUCCUCCCUCAUGCUCCCAGAAAAUGUGAAGUCCCAGCAGGAAUUUUCCACUCCAGGCUUGGAUUUAGAACCUAAAAACAGACAGGGGCCUGAAGAAAGUGACGAAUUUCAGAGCUGAUUUAUUCACCCAGGCAAAUCCCUCAGACUCAGAUGUCAAAGUUCUCAUGGUUGGAAGUUCUCAUGAUGUGCAACCUCCUCAGUAGCCCAAAGGCAUCAGGUGUGGGGCCUACCCUGGCGAAGGAGAAAGAGUGGUGGACCUGCUGUUCUCAGGGUGUGAGCACAUGCAGGGCCAACUGAAGAGUCUGCUAGACGCUGAUAGGGCAGGCCAUCUCAGGCCAGCAUUUGGGAGCAAGGCAAGCAGAACACCUAAAGGGUGGAGUAGUACAUGACAGAAGACUACUAGUUACACAGGCCCCAUGGAGGCAAGUGGGGCUAUUUGUAUGGUGGGAGCUGGCUCCCUUGAGAGCUAGACAAGGUAUCUGCAGCCUAGGCCUGCAAUAACUGUUAGUCCAUCCCUCUGAACUUCCCUAGAGCCCGAAGAGAAAGUAGCUAUUGUGCUUGUAAAUUGCAAAAAUGAGUGUCUUACAGUUCAGUCCACUAGCUGGAAGUGAGCACUCUGAGGUUCUCCCAAGAGUCCAGUAGAACCUGCUCCCAAUCUUGGGUGGGUAUGUGCAGGCCUUACCACAUACCUGUGAGCUGGUUUCAUGUGAUUGCCUACUAGGCAGACUAUCCCAAGACCCUGCAGAUGAGCUGUGGAUGCCCCAAGAUUGAGCUGUAGACCAAGGUACUGAUUGUGGCAGAAAGGUCUAGCAAAGCCAAGCUUUGUGGUACCCAGACAGUGAGAAGCCCAAAAAUCAGAAACUGAGAGCAAAGCAGAAAUUAUUUGAAGAGGGAGGAAGGCUCCAUUUUGAGAAGCAAGUUUUUGUGUCACCAAGUGUCUUCAGAAGUAACCCAGGGUUAUAGCCCAGGCUUACAGUGAUUCUAUGUUCGAGUCACAAGUCACACUACAUGCCCCUGUGAAGCACUGGUAACAUCCAGUUUGUCCUUGAAUAAUAAAAGUGUGCAUUUCACUGUCUGGUUAAACUUGUAGUUUGUUGCACUAAAAGCUUUGUGCUUUUCUAAUUCUUUGGUUCUUGGGUAUCCAGCCAAAACUCAGGCCCCCAGCAGCUUUUCCAUUCUCUUGCCACAUCCAGACUAAGGAUAGAUCCCCAGUGCUGCUACCCUUGCUUUCAUGUGCCAUUAAGUUUUUUCUCAUAGAUAUUAAUGCUAUUAGAAAUGGUAUUAAUGCUAUUAGAAAUGAAACUUUCAUGUCCUAAUUAUUCAUCAAUUAUAUAUAGAAAUAUAAUUAAGUUUUGCCUCUGAUCUUUAUUCUGUGACCAUACUUAAAUGCACUUACUAGUUCCACUUGUUUGGGAAUGACUAUUCUGGGAUCGAGUGUAUACAAUCUUCCCAUCUAAAAAUAAAGACAAUUUUACUUCUUCUUUGCCAAUCUA